UUGUAUUGCCGCCGAAUGGUAUGUGGGUAUUUAGAAAAGGAGCCAGCAAUAUACUCGAACUUCAAGAAUGAAGGCAACGGUGGAAGUUUGCCAUGUAUUAACUCCUAUUCAAAACCCUGCUCACACCCCAAUCCACAACCAAAACACAAAAGGAGCACACAUAUAAUGCCUGAACUGACAGAACUGGACCAGCCAGCAACCAUGAGCAACAAACGUGACGCAGCAGCUUCUGGCUCCGGCACCGAGUCUGACUCGGACGAAUCCAUUCCUGAACUGGAAGAUGCCGACAAGGCAGCCGGACAGUUCCCAGGCAGCUCAAACAUGCACAUGGCCUCAACUGCGGGUCUCUCAGACGAUUUGAUCAGCAAGGCUAAGCAGAGCCGUGGCGAGAAGAAGGCUCGCAAGAUCAUGUCCAAGCUUGGACUGAAACAAGUGACUGGUGUAAACAGGGUGACAAUCCGCAAGUCCAAGAGCAUACUUUUUGUCAUCAACAAGCCCGACGUCUACAAGAACCCAGCCUCUGACACCUACAUUGUCUUCGGCGAGGCCAAGAUCGAGGAUCUGAGCCAGCAGGCCCAAGUUGCCGCUGCCGAGAAGUUCAAGGCCCCCGAAGCCUCUCCCUCUGGCGAGACAAGCCACAGCACUGCAAUGCCUGCCCCUAUUCAAGAGGAAUCUGAAGAGGAGGAGGUGGACGAAGCGGGAGUGGACGCAAAGGACGUAGACCUGGUCAUGUCCCAGGCAAGCGUUAGUCGGUCCAAAGCCAUCAAGGCAUUAAAGAAUAACCAAAACGACAUCGUAAAUGCCAUUAUGGAAUUAACGAUGUAGUUCAGCCUGUUUCUGCCAACCAAAAAAAUAUCCAUCCCAUUCACAAAUGGCCAUUGGAUACAAAAGAGAAUACUAUUUGUGACCUAGUUUGUACUCAAUUUGAUUUCUUCCUCAUGUGUUUUCACGAGUUCUUGAAUUAAUAAUGAAACGCUUAAGUAUUCUGUAUAAUUUUGACUUCAACCUCGAUAUGAAAGUGGCCUUCAUUCUGUCAAUUGAGCUAAUAAUGGAAUGAAGGCUAAAAAUACAAGCAAAAAUCAAAUGUAUAA